AUGCUUUCCCAACAAGAAGCUGAUCAGCGACAAAAGCAACACCAACAAUACUCAAACCUUUCCAACACUACUAGCAAUAUCAAUAAUAAUUUCAGUAAUAAUAAUAAUAAUGGAGUAACCAUUGGAAGUGGUAAUCAAAUUUCCUAUCAUCAUCAGAUGCAACAACAACCAUAUAUGAAUGCUUCUUCUUCUGUUCCUUCCUAUCCACAACAACAACAACAACACAAUAAUCAACAAUACAGUAGUUCUGUUGUGCCACAACAAUCAAAUCAGCAAAGUUAUGGAUCAUCAUCUCCUAUUAAUCCUAUGAUGAAUAAUUCCUUCCAACCACAACAACAAGUAUCAUCAUCAGCAUCAUCCGAUAUUCCAAAUAAUGUAAUGAUCAACAAUAAUAAUCAACAUCAUCAGCAACCACAACCACAACAAUGA